UGGAGCGCUCCCGCCCUGGCAGGGCUAGCUCCCGUCCCUUAAGUCCCUCCCUGACCCGCCCGGCCGCAGGGUGUGCAGGAUCAGACGCCCCCGGCUCAGCGACCGCAGCUGCACCCAGCCCCAGGCUCUGAGCUUCGGGCCAGGCGGCCGCAGGGGACCCUGGAGGGCUCAGCUCCGCACUGCCCUGGGGCUGUGUCCCGGGAGACUCCGAGGGCGACGGCUCCGUGCCCACUUCCUGCCUGGGUGGCUGUCGCUGGUCGUCCUGCAAGAACAUGGUGCAGAAGUACCAGUCUCCUGUCCGCGUCUACAAGUACCCCUUCGAGCUGGUCAUGGCGGCCUAUGAGAAGCGCUUCCCCACCUGCCCCCAGAUCCCGGUCUUCCUGGGCAGUGAGGUCCUGCACGAGUCCCGGAGCGCCGAUGGGGCGGUGCACGUGGUGGAGCGGAGCUGCCGGCUGCGCGUGGAGGCCCCGCGGCUGCUGCGGAAGAUCGCUGGAGUUGAGCACGUGGUGUUCGUGCAGAGAAACGUCCUGAACUGGAAGGAGCGGACGCUCCUCAUCGAGGCGCACAACGAGACCCUCGCCAGCCGCGUGGUGGUCAAGGAGAACUGCAGCUACACGGUCCACCCUGAGAACGAAGAGUGGACGUGCUUUGAGCAAUCCGCCUCGCUCGACAUCCGGUCCUUCUUUGGUUUUGAAAGCGCCUUGGAGAAGAUCGCCAUGAAGCAGUACACGGCCAACAUCAAGAGGGGCAAAGAGGUGAUCGAGCAUUACCUGAAGGAGCUCAUCUCCCAGGGCACCUCUCACAUUCCCCGGUGGACGCCAGCCCCCGUCCCACAGGAGGACGCCCACCCUCAGGGUGGGCUGAGGGAUCCUGGCUCCCUGGAGGUCUGCAGGCCUGGCAGCGCUGGGGGGCCCAGCACGGAGACGGUUGGUACUGAGGGAGACAAGCUGGAGACAGAUUACAUUGAGAGGUGCCUGGGCCAUCUCACGCCCAUGCAGGAGAGCUGCCUGAUCCAGCUGCGGCACUGGUUGCAGGAGACCCACAAAGGCAAGAUCCCUAAAGACGAGCACAUCCUUCGGUUCCUGCGGGCUCGGGACUUCCACCUGGACAGGGCCCGGGAGAUGCUGUGCCAGUCGCUGAGCUGGCGAAAGCAGCACCAGGUGGACCUCCUCCUGCAGACGUGGCGGCCUCCUGCCCUCCUGCAGGAGUUCUACGCAGGGGGCUGGCACUACCAGGACAUAGACGGCCGCCCGCUGUACAUCCUGCGUCUGGGCCACAUGGACACCAAGGGUUUGAUGAAGGCUGUGGGGGAGGAGGUGUUGCUACAGCACGUUCUUUCCGUCAAUGAGGAAGGACAGAAGCGCUGUGAAGGGAACACGAAGCAGUUUGGCAGACCCAUCAGCUCUUGGACGUGCCUGGUGGACCUGGAGGGGCUGAGCCUGCGGCACCUGUGGCGGCCGGGGGUGAAGGCGCUGCUGCGCAUGAUCGAGGUGGUGGAGGACAACUACCCUGAGACCCUGGGCCGGCUGCUCAUCGUGCGAGCCCCCCGCGUCUUCCCUGUGCUCUGGACACUGAUCAGCCCCUUCAUCAACGAGAACACCAGGCAGAAGUUCCUCAUCUACAGUGGCAGUAACUACCAGGGCCCCGGGGGCCUCGUGGACUACCUGGACAAAGACGUCAUCCCCGACUUCCUGGGGGGCGAGUGCCUGUGUAACGUCCCCGAAGGAGGGCUCGUCCCCAAGUCCCUCUAUGUGACAGAAGAGGACCAGGAGCACGAAGACCAGCUGCGGCAGUGGACAGAGACCUACCAGUCAGCCAGCGUGCUCCGCGGGGCCCCCCACGAGGUUGUCGUGGAGAUUCUGGAGAGAGAGUCAGUCAUCACCUGGGACUUUGACAUCUUGCGAGGGGACGUGGUGUUCAGUCUGUACCAUGCCAAGCAGGCGCCCACGCUGGGCCCCCAGGAACCCAGGGCCAGGGCCGGCGGGCAGCGGACGGAUAAAGGCCGGGCGCUGGGCGGAGACUACAGCCGGGUGGAGGCCCCCCUUGUCUGCCGGGAAGGAGACAGCAUCCAGGGCUCCCACGUGACCCGGUGGCCUGGCAUCUACCUGCUCCAGUGGCAAAUGCACAGCGCCCCCAGCCACGGGGCCUGCAGCCUCCCGGGCGUGGAGGACGUCCUGACGGCCCUGCAGAGCCCCGGCCCCAGGUGCAGACUCCUCUACUACUACGAGGUGCUGGCGUCCGAGGACUUCAGGGGCUCCAUGUCCAGCCUGGAAUCCUGCACCAGCCGCUUCUCCCAGCUCAGCGCCGCCACCUCCUCCUCCUCCUCCGGCCACUCCCACAGCAGCUCCCUGGUCUCCAGAUAGCCAGGCCCGAGCCGUGCGGGGCAGCUGGCUCCCCUCCCACGUCCGCAAGUGUCCAUGAGGCCUUGGGACCAUGUGGGCUGCAGCCGUGGGUCUGGACACUGCCAAAGUUGGAGUGUCUGGAGCUCCAUGGGCUCUUCAGGUUGUGAGGACAGAAGCAUCUACAGGCUCCAUGUAGGAAAAGCCAAGCGGUGGGUUGACCAUGUUUGGGCCUGGGGGCUUGGGGAUGUCAUCAGGCUCAGUGCCUUCUCCAUCUCUGGCUCUGCUCCCUGGGGUGGCCUCCUUCUCAGGGGCCUUCGCUAUGUAGGGGACCCCAUCGCCAGGAGGCUUCCUCCCUCCCUCCCCCAGCUCAGCUGCAGAAGAGCAUCUGUCUCCUGGCAAAGUCUCAUCCAACCUCCCAGAAUUGAGCCUCACCAUUUGCUUGGGUCCCAGGCUGGCCCCUGAACCAACCACAGUUGCCAGGGUAUGGAGAACAUGGAUUGGCCUGCAGGGCCUGUGUCCAACCUGGACCAAUCACUGUGCAGAGAGGGCCUGGAUCACAGGCGUGUCCCUGGGGCCAAACAUCUGGUCUGAAAAGCACAAGGGUGGGGUGCUUCUGAGACUACUGGGGUUCCCCCCAUGAGAAGCUGAAAUGAUGGGGUUCACCAUAGCAUCUAAUCCCAUAGCCAUGCCCUGGGACCCAAAAUAUGCCCGUGAACAGUUAUAUGAGUCACAGGCUCCAUGUUCUAUGUGGACUUAGAAAUUCCCACCCACUCUGGACUUGAAAUUCAUUUAUCCCGGGAAGGCCUAACCCUGACCACCCCCGACUAGAAGAGGGUGGGAAGGCCUAGGGUCUCUGUUGAGUUCUAGGCAGUGAUGAGGCAGCUUUAUACUCUCUGGAGGUCCCUUUCUCUCCUGGGAAUCUGUUUAAUUAUGACUGUUCUGGUUAUAAGUCACCUCCCAGUGGCUUGAACAAAAAAGGAUGACCAGUUAUGGGUGCUGUCUAGGAGGUCUUGCUUCAGGCAAGGCUGGAUCCAGGCUCUCAGCAUGGCAGCAGGACUCCUCUGUGGGAUGGGGGUUAUGGCUUUGCUGCAGCUGCUCUGGGGCAAAUCUGACCCUCAGAACCAGCUCCAAUACUGAAAGACGUGCCCCAAGUUCCUACAUUGGAGGGACGCGGGUCUCCCUGGAGCCUGAGGACAUUUCUCCUUUCAUUUCCUGGGCCUCCAAAAAAAAAAAACAGGUCAGAGGUCACCACUGGCAACCUGCAGUCUGAUCUGGCCUGCUUUUAGUAUUUUCAUUUUUUGCAUCAACAAAUGGUUUAAAAACUGGGGGAUUCCCCAAUUCCAGUUCUCUUGUGGCACAGGAGGUAGGGGAUCUGGCAUUGUCACUGCAGCGG